UUAAGAUUUUGUUUUGUGAUUUUUUGGGGAAAGAAAUCCCCUCCCCCCCCUCCCGCCCUCCCGGUUAUUUGAAGAUGUCAUGGCAGAAGCGGAUGCAACAACCCCUUACGAAGAAUAUGAGUGCAAAAUCUGCUACAAUUACUUCGAUCUGGGGCGCAGGGCGCCGAAGAUCCUGGAGUGUUUGCACACAUUUUGCGAGGAGUGUCUGACCACUCUGCACGUCAGGGAGGACCGGCCAUGGCGAAUCGCCUGCCCCAUCUGCCGGCACAGGACAGCGGUGCCCGACUACCGGAUACACAACCUGCCCAAUAACACCAAGGUGACCGAGGCUUUCCCCCUGUACGUGGGGGCCGACCCUCUGCCCCAGGACGCCCUGCCGCCAACGCCCCAACUGCAGAGGUUUAACCAGGAGUCUCACUCCCAGCAGCACCAGACUUCACAGCAGCAGCCCCGGUCCAGCGCUUCCCUGCCGCCUGAGCUCGGCACCCCUUCGGCGGCCACGGGCAGUCGCCAGUCCCGGGGACCCUCGGCGCCUUACGAGAGCUGCCAGAACUGCAAGCGGGCCGCCCUGACCGCCGGCUGCGUCUGUGUGGUCUUCUCGUUUCUCUCCAUGGUGGUGCUGCUCUUCACCGGCCUGAUCUUCGUCAAUCACUACAACAGCUCGCCGUCUCCGGUCGGCCCUAUCUGCCUGUCGGUGGCCAGCAUCUUAGCCUUGUUCUCAGUGGUCGUCACGUGGGUGAUCUGCUGGCUCAAAUACCGCCCCGACAGCAAUGGCCAGGUGAACAACAACAGGGCAGCAACCAUUGCCUCUUCAACCCGGAGAACCACUGAGCACUUGGGAUGAAGCGCAGAUUAUUUUAUUACCAAAUGACCCAAGUGGGGAACCACAAACAAAUCCCUAACCCUCUUUCCUGUGCGUGCUUUCAUCCGAUACUGUGCAUGCCGAGACGAAAGGAAGUGAUGCAGUUCUUCAAUUCCUUCACUCAACACCUUUCCCUUUCCAUAUCACAGGACGAACUUCCUUCCACUCAUGUGUGGCUUGUUGGCGAAAUAACCAGUAAAUCUGUAUCCCAAAGGCUCCCCAUGCUUUUACUCAUAACAGAUAUUGUGUGCAUCGUAUUGUGUUGAAAUGUCCAUAUUCAAAUUGCGCCAUAAGUGAAGUAUGCAUCGUUAAAUUUUGAUUAUGAAUAUAUGUACAACUAAAACAAAACUGAUAGAUGUGGUUGUUUAAAGUCACUAAACUGUGGGCUUUGGUUUCCUAAAUGGUAAGUCGGAAGGAUGUUAGGGAGACUUGGCGAGAUAAAGAGUUCUGGAAUUUGUUUGCCAAGCAGACUAAUCGGCCACUGAUUUCACUUGUGGACAAUGGCUCUUUUUCUAGAAAGACUGCAGACUAACCAGGGCCAAUGGUGGUCGGGAAGGCCCUUUUAAACCCGACAAGUAUUUUAUAAAUAGAAGUACUGCAGUUCAGUCCGAUCAAGUCAAACAGGGAUUGUUGACAAAUCUGAGAAGUGGUUACACAAAACAUUAAAGGUCACUGAUUCAGACAAUAACAUCCACAUAUCAGAAUCAAUCCAUUUAUGUGCAUUAGUCACUAGUAUUUGAAUCAUUAAUGUAACAUUACAUAUGCACGGCUCACAGACAGCCAUAGAUACGUAAAAGAAAUUCUGCCAGAAGAGCUUUGGGUAAAACAACAAAAUGUAGAUUGCUUUAAAAAAAUAGUGAAGACAACAUGGAAGUUGGAGUCAAUGCAAAAUAUUACGGAUGCUGGAGACUUGAGAUACAAACAAAGUGCUGGAGAAUUUCAACAGAUCUGACAGCAUUUGGGGAGACAGAAACAGAAUUAAGGUUUUGAGUACAAUAUGACUCCCCUUCGGUUCCGAAGCACUUUCUGUGAUAGAAGUUUGAGUUAUGUUCAGGUUGGUCUGAAAACAUUCAGGUAGAUUUAAAUCAAAACAUAACAUUAAAAAGCAAACACUGUAAUCCGGAAACUACAAGUAGCUGUCGACUACCUGAUUUCUGCUGGAAGUAAUUUUGACUUUGAGAAUUGCCUUAAUUUCCUGGAAUCUUUAGAAACUUGAAAGGGUAGCCCAUGACCAAGCAAAGAAGUUCUGUCCGAAUGUUUGUUAUAAUUAUUUCGCAUUUAGGAUCUGUAAUUUUCAUUUUCUUUCAUGAGUUGAGAUCAUUUUCAUAAUUGCCCAUCACCUCUUUUGGACAACAUUAAUCCAUUGUGAAAUUUUAGAUCGAACUGAACUGGGAAAGGAAGUUCAAAUGCAAGUGAUAACAAUGAAGAAAUUACUUCAAGCUUGUCCCUCCUCGAAAAGUGUACAGAUUUUAAAGAGCUGCCCAAAUGUACACCUACCUGUGAUUGGGCCAUUGGCUGACGGCCGUGUCAAGCCAAUCAGACCGACUCACCAUCUCUGCACUGUAACCUGGGAAGUGACUGUCUCAUAAAUUCAACACAGUUCAGGACGUUUGUGAUAAUCCUUGAAGAAUAACCCAUUUUGGAGAUCAAGGCGAAACCAGCGUGUUUUCUACAUCGCUAUUUCGGGUAUAAAAAUUGGUUUCCCCAAUGGCUCCGGGAAUUUGUCCAGAGGUUGAAAUAUUUCCGCUUGAGUUUGUUGAGUUUAACCAGGACAGUAGAUCGUUUUAGCAUUCCUGAGUUGGAAAAGAGACCCAAUGCUCCUGGUUAAAAAGAAUAAAAUGGUCAGGUAGUGCAGGGAACCUAAAACCCGUGGAACUAGUUGGGGUAAGAAUAAAGAGAAAUAUAAAGAAUUGUCCAGCUGUAUAUCACACGAGUUUCUUAGGUGUUCUUGGAACAUCUUGAAACGAUACACUGUAGUGGGAAACCAGCACUUUUAUCGUAGUAGUUUCAAAUUCCCCUUUGCUGGUUUAAUGAAUAAAUAAAACCGUUUAAAAUUAAUAUUUUGUCUUUCCCAUAAAGUCAUGCAAAGAUGUUUCCCAGGAGGGCGUUAAACAUUUGCAAGUGGUUUUCCAAGUUUCAAAGCCAGCGGCGUUUUCUUUUAAAAUUCUGGGCGAAUAAGCCUUUAUGCAACACCGAAACAGCGAAAUUCAUAAGUUAGCUGUCGAAAACUGAGUUUUUUUUUUCAGGAUCUCUCAACUUUGCAUUUGUACGUGCUUCCUCUUGAAUACUUAUCAGUGACAUCAAGGAGAACUACACUGAAAUGGACCGGAUAGAAGCGACAUUUAUGCAAAACGUUGUUCUCAGUUUUUAUAGCCCUGCCCCUCUUGUUUCGUCGGUAUUCGAAGCAACAACAUUAUAUUUUCAUUCUAAAUGUGAAUUAUAUUAAUAAAAUGAUACUUGCCAUACUUUGACAUUAGCCACACCCCAUAUUCAGGUAUAGGGUGAGUAAAAGUAUUGAAAAGUUUUGCCUGCCGCAGUGCUUUAUUCUAGUAGACAUACUUUUUUUUUUCCCGCAGCACGUUGGUUGAAAUUCAAUACUUUAAACGGUUUGAAUUGUACCGGUAAAAAAAAGAAGCAACCCGUUUGAAUUUUGUUCGGAAAAGGGGUUGAUUUCGUUCAGAAUAUCGCGGAGACUCACUCGUGCAUUUGUAUUUGAAUACAAGUACAAGUGAACUCUUUCUGAUUUGUAAAUUGGUUUAGGUGUUUUUGCAUUGGGAUGUGUUGGGUGUAGUGCCACACUGGUUUAGUUCAGUAUGACAACUGUUUCCAAUCUGAGUCUAGAAGUGGAUGUGUCUAAAAUAUUAUUGUAUCAAAUGAGUAUUAAUUGCAAAUAUUAGAUAUUUUUAAUUUCUAAGUAUAAAUGUCAAAUUUGUGUAAUGUGCUAACCAGAAACAUCACACAAUUCAACAUCCAGAUCGAAUCUAGGCUGGCCUAGAUGGCUUUUUUUUUAAAGAAAGUGUUCCUCCCUCUUCUAUUUGCUAAUUGUAUGAGGGUUUCUUUGCUUAUGCUACUUUUUUUCAGUUAGCUAGAGUAACUGGAAAUUACAGGGAGUAGCAAGGUUCACGGAAAUUGUAUUGCUUGGAUAUUUUCAACUACACUGAACAUUAAAAUCUCAAAAUAAUAAUCAA